CCGGAACUCACCGGGACCGCCGGGACCGCCGGAACUCACCGGGACCGCCGGGACCGCCGGGACACACCGGGACCGCCGGGACAUACCGGGACCGCCGGGACACCCCGGGACACACCGGGACCGCCGGGACGCACCGGGAACGCCGGGACUCCCCGAGACUCUCCGGGCUCCCCCGGGCCAUGAGCGUCGCGGAGCCGCCGGGCCGCGGGAUGCUGUUCGCCGAGAGGCAGCUGAGGCGGCACGGCUGGCGCCGAGGCCAGGGGCUGGGCCGGCGGGAGGACGGCAUCGCCGAGGCCAUCCGGGUGAAGGUGAAGUGCGACACGGCCGGGGUGGGACACGACGCGGCGGAGCCCUUCACCUUCCACUGGUGGGACCACGUCUUCAACAAGGCAGCUGCCAACAUCGCUGUGGAGGCUGGCCAGGAUGGGAUCUCUGUGAAGGCACUUUCUGAGCAGGGAGGCGGGAUCAGCAAUAAGAAGCCGCGCAAGGCUGCCAGCAGUGGGAGCCUGCUGUACGGCCGCUUUGUGAAGUCAGCCACACUCAGAGCCUCUGGGGAGGAAUCUGUGACGCUGCCUGCCAGCUCUGAGAGCAGUGAGGAGGAGGAAGAGGAGAAGCUGGACCUGUCUUCAGUCAGGAGGCUGACGGAUGAGGAGCUGGUGCAGGCGUGUGGGGGCCGCACAGCGCACAAGGGUGCCCGCCACGGCCUGACCAUGAGUGCCAAGCUGGCGCGCCUGGAGGAGCAGGAACGAGCCUUCCUGGCCACAUACCGGCAACGGGAGCGGCAGCAGGAGCCCCCGGAGAGCAGCCAGGGCAAGAAGAAGGAAAGGAAACAGUCCUGGCAUGGAGCCAACCCUGAGGUGCCACAGAGCCAGAAACCAAACAGAGAACUGGAGGAGGUGUUGGAAGAAGAAAAGGUUGUGAAGAGGAAGAAAAAGAACCAGAGGCCAAGCAGAGAAAAGGAGCUGACAGGAGAGGAAGAGGUCAUGAGGAAGAAGAAGAAGGUGGUCAUGGAGCCAUGUGGAGAAGAGGUAUCAGGAGAGGAGGAGAAGGUCAUGAAGAGGAGGAGGAAGAAGCCAGAAGUAAGCAUAGAAGAGGUGGUAGAAGAGGAGGGAAAGGCUGCAAAGAAGAGAAAGAAGAAAAAGAAGAAGAAGAAGCAGGAGGAGGAGGACACAGAAGAGCCAGCUGAAACAGACCUACCUCUACAAGACACAGAUGAGCCAAACUUGGGACACAGCCCUACAAAGAAGAGGAAGAAGAAGAAGAGGAUGAGGGAGCCAGAGUGAGCAAGUGACAUGGCUGCUGUGCUGUGCAGCUGCCAGUCCCACCUGGCUGGAAGGGUCCUGCUCCUGGUGCUGGUGGAUGCCAUGGGGUGCUCUGAGCUUGUUCCAGAUGGAGCCCAGCACUGUGUCCCAGCUGCAGGGGAAUGCUGGGCUGGGACAAGUUGGUCUGGAGCUGGAUCAAGCUUUAUUUCACCACCUGAACCUUCAGGGGUGACCCUGGUUCCCCCCAGGCUCUGGGGCAGGGACCCAUUUACCAUGGGCCUGUCACAGAGGGACACAAGGACACACCCUGCAGAGUACUGAAAUAUUUUUUCAAGGGCAUGAAUAAAUCUUUAUUGUAAUCAGA